AUGGCAUACGCGGAUGACCUGGCCAUUGUGGUGAAAGCCAAAAAGAAGGAAAACCUUAUCAGUAACGGUAAUCUAGCCAUUGAAAAGAUCGUAGACUGGAUGACGCUAAAUGGACUGGAUACAGCACCUCAGAAAACAGAAAACAGAGGACCCAGGAAACGGGAAGAUAUCAAAUUCCAAAUCCAAGACACUACGAUUACACCCAGGAAAUACGUCAAAUACUUAGGAGUAUGGCUUGACGACAAAUACUUAUGGAACGAACAUGUCAGACGUACGUGUGCAAAAGCCGAUAGACAGACGGCAGCACUAACAAAACUACUGCCCAACAUCAGGGGUCCGAAGACUCAAAAAAGACGUCUUCUGUAUGGUGUUGUACAAUCCAUACUCCUGUAUGCGGCUCCAAUCUGGGAACGAGUAACAGCCGUAGAUAAAUACAAAAACAUGCUUCUGGCGACACAGAGAAAUAUGUUACUGAGGGUCGCCUCAGCAUACAGAACAGUCUCCCAGCAGGCUAUAUGUGUCAUCACCAGUAUCCCACCCGUCGAUAUUUUAGUAGAAGAAAAAAGAUGUAAGAUAAAUAACAGGGAAGAGACCACUGCAGGAAUAAAAAAAAAGAAGUGGCAGGAAACUAUACGGGAAUGGUAG